CGCCACCUUUCCAUCCAUCUCAGCAUCCUCCACCCGUUCCUUCACCAUGUCUCUUACUUACGGAACCGGCGGCGCCACAGCUGCGCUUGGCGUGGUUGGGCUUUACAUGCUCUUCCAGAACGAGGGUGAAGCCUUCAAUGUCGGACAAUUUCUCGAAACCGUCUCGCCGUACACAUUCGCCAGUUUGGGCAUCGCGCUAUGCAUCGGUCUCUCCGUUGUAGGCUCAGCAUGGGGAAUCUGGACUACCGGUGUCUCGAUCGUCGGUGGUGGUGUCAAGGCACCCCGGAUAAGAACGAAGAACUUGAUCUCCAUCAUUUUCUGCGAAGUCGUCGCCAUCUACGGCGUCAUCAUGGCCAUCAUCUUCUCUUCCAAGAUGAACCAGAUCGAUGACAUUGAACAAAUCUUCAGCCCAUCAAACAUCUUCACCGGAUACGCACUGUUCUGGGCUGGCUUGACCGUUGGCAUGUGCAACUUGAUCUGCGGUGUCUGUGUCGGCAUCAACGGAAGUAGUGCUGCCCUAGCAGAUGCUGCUGACCCCUCCCUGUUCGUGAAGAUUCUCACCAUUGAGAUCUUCGCUGCUAUUCUUGGACUAUUCGGUCUCAUUAUUGGACUGCUCAUGCAAAGCAACGCGCACGAUUUUGAGUGAAGAAACUGGUGGGAAAUCCUGCGGGUCAUUUGACACGAGGUCGUAGUUCGUCGAGAGUAAUGAGGUUCAAGACAGCAUCGCAACAUCAAAGCGGGAGCCUAGCGCGAGCGCUCUUGUCGGGGUUGGAAAGAAUUUAUCAAACAGAGGUCCGGGGAGAUUGUACGAUGUACACAUAGGUUGCUUGUAUAAUGCAUGUAUCAUGAGCGAGCAUAGGCGUUCAAUACCUUUUGGCGUUAGACUAUAUAGGAAUUCAUUGGCUUUGAAAGCUG